GCUUCACCCAGCUUGACAGUAUUGAAAUAGAUUGUGAUAAAGUUUAUAUUCUACCACCGGCAACCAUUCAUGAAAUUGUGCCUGCAAUUUAACAUACCUGACCUUUAUGAAAGCAACCCAAUAUCACAGCCUUGCUGUGCCUUUGUUUCUGUGUGCUAAUGCUGUGUAUUGUUUAUGUAGGACGAUAUAGGUUUAGACAUUCGGGUUCACUCAUCUGUGUCCUUGUUUUGAAAGAAAAGCACAUUUGUUCUUAUUUCCAGUAAAUUAAUCAGAAAUGUCAUGAAUGACUGGUGAUUUUUAAUAGCAACAAUGACUCCUGUGUCCUGUCGCACAAGUUACAGAAAUGAUCAUGAGAAGAAACCUCUCCAAAUAUGAUAUCAUAUCUGAUAACAGCUGUGUUGAUUAAAGAAACAGUUCAUUUGGUUAGCUGAGUUACUGGAACAUUAACUCUUGCCUGCUCGAUUACAGACUUAAAAGUGACUUUUAUUUUGAAAGUCAUCUUAACAGGGAAAUGAAUGCUAUUCCUUGUGGGAAAUUGCGAAAACUGAAGAUGCCAUAGGAAGGUGUGUCCUACCCCCUACAUAAAACCACAAAAACUUGAACCUGAAUAGAAAGUGGAAUGAGAGGCCUGCAACACAGAGCAAGGAAACAAAUGCAUCAGAUACUCUAUUUUGAGAAACAGACACCUCAUGGGUCCUAAACUGGCAGCUUCACUAAUUGGUAACCACAAAAUACUAUUUCUGGGAUCAGCAGUGAAGAAGCAGCUCCCGGAGACUUCCCUUUUAGGCAGAGUUGCAAAGAAAAAGCCAUAUAUCCUUCUGCUAAUGUCUUUUGCCCAUCAUAAUCUUUUCCUGAUAUACUCAAAAAACUGGACAGAGCUGGCUGAGGUGGCUUUUCUCUCUAUACGCCUCUCAAGCAAUUCAAUUAAAAACAUGUAAUUUCUAAUUAACGAUUCCAUUACUGACUAUGUCAGGUACAAGAGUUUUAAUUAUUUUAAUGUUAUUUUGAUUAAAAAUUAGUCUACCUAAAAAAGGGACAUGUUUAAUUUUUGAGAAUAAAAGGUGAAAAUAGAAGAUAGAAGGUGAAAUCAACUAAUAAAUGUAUUAAAAGUUCAUUGUAAUACAACAUUUUGUUGUUGUUGUUGUUGUUGUUGUCAGGUACCAGGUCAUAAGCACCCCGACAGAUUUUUUCAUGGUUAUGGAGUAUGUGUCGGGAGGCGAGCUGUUUGAUUACAUCUGCAAGAAUGGACGGGUGGAGGACACUGAAGCACGCCGCCUUUUCCAGCAGAUUAUCUCAGCUGUAGACUACUGUCACCGGCACAUGGUGGUUCACAGAGACCUCAAACCUGAGAAUGUCCUAUUGGAUGCCAAUAAGAAUGCCAAGAUAGCAGACUUUGGACUGUCAAACAUGAUGUCAGAUGGAGAAUUCCUACGAACUAGCUGUGGCUCACCCAACUAUGCAGCUCCAGAGGUCAUCUCAGGAAGACUCUAUGCAGGCCCAGAAGUUGACAUCUGGAGCUGUGGUGUGAUUCUGUAUGCCCUGCUGUGUGGCACCCUGCCCUUUGAUGAUGAGCAUGUCCCCACACUGUUUAAGAAGAUCAGAGGAGGUGUCUUUUACAUCCCAGAGUAUCUGACCCGCUCUGUGGCCUCGUUGCUGAUGCUCAUGCUGCAGGUGGAUCCUUUGAAGAGAGCCACCAUCAAAGACAUCAGGGAACAUGAAUGGUUUAAGCAGGACCUACCAGGCUACCUUUUCCCAGAGGAUCCAUCAUAUGAUGCGACUGUUCUGGACGAAGAGGCUGUCAGGGAAGUGUGCGAAAAGUUUGAAUGCACUGAAUCUGAGGUUGUGACCAGCCUGUACAGUGGAGACCCACAGGAUCAGUUAUCCGUAGCCUAUCACCUCAUCAUAGAUAACAGGCGCAUCAUGACCCAGGCUAGUGAAUUCUAUUUGGCGUCCAGUCCUCCACAGGGCUCCUUUAUAGAGGAGGGAAUGCCGUUGCCCCCUGGAGUUAAACCUCACCCAGAGAGGAUGCCUCCGCUCUUGGCUGACAGCCCAAAGUCGCGUUGUCCUCUGGAUGCUCUCAACACCACUCGGCCUAAACCGCUGGCAGUGAAGAAGGCUAAGUGGCACCUGGGUAUCAGGAGUCAGAGCAGACCCUAUGAUAUCAUGGCUGAGGUGUACAGAGCUAUGAAGCAGCUAAACUUUGACUGGAAGGUGGUGAACCCAUACCAUUUGCGAGUUCGAAGGAAGAAUCCAGUGACAGGCAACUUGGUGAAAAUGAGCCUGCAGCUCUAUCAAGUGGACAACAGAUCCUACCUCCUUGACUUCAAGAGCAUUGAUGAUGACAUCAUCGAGGCAGUGGGCUUUAAAUCGGGCUCAUCCACUCCUCAGAGGUCAGGUUCCACAGCCGGUCUCCACAGGCCCAGACUGAGCAUUGACUCGGCAACCCCAGCGAUUGAUCUGCCCCAGCUCAGCUCCUCUCUCCCGGGAUCCCUGUCUGGUAGCUCCCAUCUGCUCACCCCACGUCAGGGAUCACACACCAUGGACUUCUUUGAAAUGUGUGCCAGUCUGAUCACUACACUAGCACGCUGAGCCCUGCUGACUUGCUUACGGCUCUGUAACCUGGAUGUCAGUGGGGUUUUUAAGCUAAUCACAGAUCGAGGAUGUAGGGAGUGUAGAUGUUUGGAGUGACUUCUUCUUUCUGUCUCUUCUCCAACUGUUCUGUUUUACUGGAUUGGGGGAAGCGAUUGGAAAUGUAAAUGGCAAGGCAGGUGUGGCAUUCGCCUCGGGUGAAGAGAGAGAGAAUGAGGGGGUGAAAUAGUGGGGGUUAUUAUUUCUUGUUUUGACAGUCAUUGGGUCAAAGUCUUGAUGUCUUACACAUCAGGCUGCAGCUGAGGGGAAUCUAUGAACUAGUGGAGGCCCGUAAAGUGAGAAGCGAGUGGUCAGAGUUCAGCAAAGCUCAAGCUCACUGUCACUUCUCCCACAAACAUCUUCAGCUGAUUAUCAGCUGCUGAAUUUCCUUCACCCACUGUACCACCGAUCAAAGGUCAGUUUUGCAUCUGGUCUUAAAUCUUCACUGAGGCAAAGUUGUUAAACUCAUCGUUUAACUCGUUUAACUCAUCUCUGACACAUUAAAUCGUGUCAGAGAGAGGAUCGCAAAAUUAAAAUUCUAUUUUUUUUAUUUAUAUUGUUUAUGAGGAAGAUUUUGUUAUCCUUGUAUUAUAUUUAUAUUACAAUCAUUAUGUAGCUGAAAAGUUUGACAGAGAAAUACCAAAUAAAUUACUUUAUACAUCUUUAAGAUUUAUAUUUUAGCGGUCAGACCCAUAUUUAUUUUUAAGAGGUUUUUUUAGGCAUUAUAGUUUUUUAAUUUAAUUACUACUUCAACAUAGUUUUACUUGAUUUUGAAUUGAUUGUAGAUGAGUAGCGAAGCUCUUUGAGACAGCGGGAUAGUAGAAUGAUGCUCUGCACGACGCAGAGUAUGUGCUGCAUGGUGUUGAAGUCAGAUGCAGACCAUCUUACAAGAGUUUGGGGGUUUUUUCGGGGGGAUAUCCAGAUAUAUUUCAAUGCAUUCAAUCACCCUGCUAUUUAAAGCAGUGUUUUAUAUGCAACACACCCAACAGAUCCCUUUAUAUGCAAGUCCCUAAUGAAGACACGUCGACACUUAGUUAUCAUAGGGGUGUUCAGUUCAGUCACAUAUGUAGUAAGCUGAAUAAAGACAGGCAUUAUAGCUGUUUUAGGUAAAAACUAACAUUUUGUUUUAUUAUUAUAUUGUUAAGCUUUUAAAUUAGGCAGAUACCCCUUAGAAAUUGAGACAGAUGCUUAAUGUGAGAUCUUAAAACUAUUUUUAUUGGCUGUUGUGGCCAGUUUUUUUUUUCCUAACUUGUUAAAAUACUUAAGUAAGCCAUUGAAUUUCAAAACAGAAUGACACUGAGGAGGGCAAAAAAUAGAUGUGAGACGGUGUGUAUCUGUUGCACAAGUGUAUAAGCCACAUGAACUUUUCUACAGUUGCCUUAAACAAUGCAACGCAUUAAUUGGUAUGGAGUGUGUUGUGGAAGUUUUCCAUACAAGUGUGUGUUUGUGAGCUCACAUAAGUAUGGUACUUGUUGUGUAUUUUCGCUGACUUAACACUGGUGUGUUGAAAGGCUCUUCAGUAUAAUUGUGAUGUUUGGGAUGUCAGAGAGUUGACAGAAUCAGAAAAGUGAGUGGCGAGAGACAAACCAUGACGGUUCGGCGUGGUGCAGCUGUCUGAGCUGUUAUCUGUUUCAAUUAGUCAUUGCUGUCUGUUCAGUCUGCACUGUAAAACUCAUUUGCUGUGGCCGACAGUUUGCACACUUACUGUUUACUGCACUGCAAACUUUACCGUAACUGUUGUUGCUGGUUGCUAUUGAUGCACGCCACCGUUCUGUAACGUCCUGUCAGAUUUCCAUAGUGAUGUUGUGUAUUGCUAUAGUCAGGCAUAACAUUAUAUCAAAAUCAUUUAUUACUGAAUGUAAAUUGAAUGCUGGUGCUGCUGAUAUAAAUCCUUUUCUCUCUUUCUCUCACUAUGUUCUUCUGGUUUUAAACCUGCUGUUUUGAAGGGGGGAUACUAGACUGUUGCCUUUCUACUGUUUGCAGUAAGACGUAGAUGUCAGUGGCACUGAGGCAGUUACUGUUCUGCAGAGUGGCGUCACAGAGAUUUACAAAAGUGUAAAUACGGCACUUAGAAAUAUACACUGAUAUGAAUAUGUGCAGUAAAAAAACGAAAUAAGUGAAACGACUGAAGAUGAAUAAAGGUGCCACUGGGAAAAAUAUUACAUCUGCAGAAAUCUUUCCAAAUAAAGUGAUGGAACUUCUUCUCCAGCACGUCAACCCUGUGAGAUGAGCAUAGACAAAUGCACGUUUUUUUCUAUGUCCUAAAAAGUGCUGCCUUUUCGUUUCACAUUGGAUUCAAAUACCACUCUUUCCCAGAUCAAUAUCUCAGUGUCGGGUCGCUUUUCUCACCUGGUUCUACUCGGUAGUAGACCGAGGUCUGGUUGAACCAGUGAAAGCCACUUUCUGCUACCCUGAAACCCUUUAUUUACAUGUUCUGUGUAUUUGUUCUGUCUGUAAGCUCAUACACUGCUCAUUGUUCUUUGUCAGGGAGAAAUUGUGUUCCCUGCUCCAAUAUGCUGCUGCAUAUACACCUUUGUAAACAUUAGUCCACAGCCUUUGUCAGCCAUCUAUUUUACACUAUUGCUGUGUCUUAAAUUACUUCUCUAUUGUGAGCAUCUUCAGUCACAUCAAUAUAAUAUAUGGGCCUUUAUGCUUUAAUUCCGGGUACUGAUGCUCCUAAAAAAACACUUGCAAAAAUAUGUAUGAUUGAAGUGCACUAUCCAGCCGAAGUCAUGGGUGAGAUUUAAAAACUCCUCUGACAUAACCAGUGUUUACUGUCAGGUGUAGUCUACCAUCACAACUGUAUGCAAAUACCAGUGGCAUGAUAGUCAUGUAAGCUCAUUUGUGUUUAGUGCCAGAAGAAACGCUAAAGGGCCUAAUUAAAUACAAAUUUCACAUGUUGUACCAAAGUGAGUAUUUUCUGUAGUGGGGUUCUUAUGAUCAGUGUAACCCUAAAUACCACCGUGUGUGUGUGUGUGUGUGUGUGUGUGUGUGCGUGUGUGUGUUUGUUAGGUAUGUGGGUGCACACUGGUUGUUGUGAUUGCCUGUACGCGUGCGUGUUGAUACUGUCUCUAUAUGUCUUUCUGUCUGAUUGGGGUUUGGAUUUCUCAUGUUAUGCAUUGCAUGAUAUUGCUGUAUUGAUUUGCACUUUAAUGAAUAUUUAUUGGAAAAAAAAUAAACAUACAAAAAAAA